GGAUGCUGCGACCGAGCUCCUGUGCGCGCGGGCUCUCGCAGCGGCUCAACCCCCUCCUCCUCCUCCAAAGAUGUCGCAUGAGCUUCUCCUCUCACCGCGGCGUUUCUUUUCUUUUUGCUUUUCUUUUUCUCUUAGUGCCCUUAUCAGUUAACCGAAUUCGGUCAAAUUAAGCAGCUUUUACCGCUGGGAGCAGCCCUGGUUCAGGCGCAUGGACUGCCCCCCUCCCCACAACGGAGGUGUUUAAACCCUCAACCCGGCGCAUCCUCUCUCGCUCGCUCUCUCUCUGUCUCUCUCUCUCCUCAACCGCCGCAGAACUCCGCCGACCAACCGUCAGGUGACCGCGCGGAGCGGAAUAUUCAUCAGCACCGUCGUCGUCUUUCAUCCUUCCACUCCUUCGGACUCCAGGCAACCGGAGCUGCCGCAGCCCCGGUCCCCCUGUAUCCUCUCAUCCGGUCUGGGACAUUCUCCGCUCCACGCACACGCAGAUUAACGGGAUUCUGCCUCCCCGCCCGCGCGCUGAUGCUGAUGUCCUUGAGCUCGGCCUGCACGGUGAGUCGGCCCUGGUGGUGCAGCAGUAACUACCUCUGAACUGGAUCCACUUCCUGUCUCUGAAUUAUCAGCCGCCUUUGCCUCGCUCGCCCCUCUCUCCAUCCGUCCAUCAUCCCUCUGUCGCUGUCUGUCAGUCUGUCGGCCCGUCUGUUCGUCCAUGGACUGGCCGUGACCCUGGAGGGAGGGGGACAGAAACGAGGAAAGAGCGGAGUCGCAGAGGAGACGAAGGAAAAGAAAGCUGGAUUCGUUCAGACGUCACGCUUCUCAAGAGCCCCUGCUCGCUGUCCUUCAUCCCCCUCACCCUCCUCCUCUUCCUCUUGAUAUGGGGAAUUAAAAGAGAAGGAGAUUAGGCCAAACAUUUAGGAGAAGAAAAUAAACAAACCUUUCAUUGUCCCUAAUUAGAAUUUUUAAGAGAUUCUGACUGUUGAGCACAUGAUCAACCUUUCACCAACCAAACACAAAGGGAACUGAGUUGAGGACGGACUACAGAGAGAAAGGGGGACCAAAACAAGAGAAAACCUAACUGACAUGUCCACAACAGCCACAAUGGGUGAAAUGGCAAACAGCGCAGUGGAAUUUUAUCCCAAAGGGACUCGAGGUGGGGGCGGAGGAAGGGCAGAUGGCACCCAUGCAGGGGGAGACUUUGUGGUCACAGUUAAGGAGCUCAGGGAGCUGAUGGAGCUCCGAGGGACUGAUGCUCUGCAGAAGAUCCAAGACAGUUAUGGCGACACAGAGGGGCUCUGCCAGAGACUACAGUCCAGUACCACUGAUGGUCUCAGUGGGGACCCAACAGACCUGGAGCGCCGGGGCCAGAUAUACGGCCAAAACUUCAUUCCCCCAAAGAAGCCUAAGACAUUCAUGGAGCUUGUGUGGGAGGCCUUACAGGACGUCACGCUCAUCAUACUGGAGAUUGCUGCCAUCAUCUCCCUUGGCCUUUCUUUCUACCAGCCUCCCGGAAAAGAAAGUGAAGCGUGCGGGAACGCGUCGGCGGGUGCAGAGGAUGAAGGUGAAGCUGAGGCCGGCUGGAUUGAGGGUGCAGCCAUCCUGCUAUCCGUUGUGUGUGUUGUCCUGGUUACAGCGUUUAACGACUGGUCCAAAGAGAAGCAGUUUCGAGGUCUGCAGAGUCGGAUUGAGCAGGAACAGAAGUUCACUGUGGUGCGGAAAGGAAAUGUCAUCCAGAUCCCUGUGGCUGACAUGGUGGUGGGAGACAUGGCCCAGGUCAAGUACGGUGACCUGCUGCCAGCUGAUGGUAUCUUGGUCCAAGGCAAUGAUCUGAAGAUAGAUGAGAGCUCUCUCACUGGAGAGUCUGACCACGUGCGUAAGUCUGUGGACAAGGACCCCAUGUUGCUCUCAGGUACCCAUGUGAUGGAGGGCUCAGGGAGGAUGCUUGUGACAGCUGUAGGUGUCAACUCUCAAACGGGCAUCAUCUUCACCCUGCUGGGUGCUGGAGAGAUGGAGGAAGAUGGGAAGGAGAAGAAAGAGGACAGUACUCAGGUCCUCAUCUCUACCGAUGCCAGUUACAGCACAGUCACCAAUGGAAAACAACCUGAUGGAGCUGUAGAGAACAAUCAGAACAAAGCUAAGAAGCAGGAUAAGCAGGAUGGGGGUGUUGCCAUGGAGAUGCAACCCCUGAAGAGUGCAGAGGGAGGCGAGGUAGAGGACAGAGAGAAGAAGAAGACCAAUGUUCCUAAGAAAGAGAAGAGUGUUUUGCAGGGCAAGCUCACCAAACUCGCUGUUCAGAUCGGCAAAGCAGGUUUGGUGAUGUCAGCCAUCACCGUCAUCAUCCUGGUGCUCUACUUUGUCAUCGACACGUUUGUCAUUGAAGGUCAUGCGUGGCUGGCAGAGUGUACUCCGGUUUAUAUCCAGUACUUUGUCAAAUUCUUCAUCAUUGGUGUCACUGUGUUGGUGGUGGCAGUCCCAGAGGGCUUACCGCUCGCUGUCACCAUUUCUCUGGCUUAUUCUGUCAAGAAAAUGAUGAAAGACAACAACCUUGUACGGCAUCUGGAUGCAUGCGAGACCAUGGGCAACGCCACGGCCAUCUGCUCUGACAAGACUGGCACUCUCACCACCAACCGAAUGACUGUUGUACAGACGUAUGUAGGUGAUGUGCACCACCGUGUAAUCCCAGACCCUGGACAGAUCAACCCCCGGACCCUGGAUCUAUUAGUCAAUGCUAUCGCCAUCAACAGCGCCUACACCUCCAAGAUCAUGCCGCCUGAUGUGGAGGGGGGUCUAGCUAAGCAGGUGGGCAACAAAACAGAGUGUGGCCUGCUGGGAUUUGUAUUAGACCUACAGCAGGACUACACCCCUGUCAGAGAGCAGAUUCCUGAGGAGAGACUGUACAAGGUGUAUACAUUCAACUCAGUGCGUAAAUCCAUGAGCACAGUGAUCAAGCUACCCGAUGGUUCCUUCCGCCUCUACAGCAAAGGAGCGUCUGAGAUCAUGCUGAAAAAGUGUUCCUACAUCCUCGAUGCCAAUGGCGAACCUCGCAGUUUCCGGCCACGUGACCGAGAUGAGAUGGUGAAACAGGUGAUUGAACCAAUGGCCUGUGAGGGGUUGAGGACUAUCUGUAUUGCAUUCCGUGACUUGCCAUCUAAUCCAGAACCAGACUGGGAGAACGAGGCUGAAAUAGUUACAGAGUUGACCUGCAUCACUGUGGUUGGGAUAGAGGACCCUGUGCGGCCUGAGGUGCCUGAUGCCAUCCGAAAGUGCCAGCGUGCAGGCAUCACAGUGCGAAUGGUAACUGGUGAUAACAUUAACACAGCCAGAGCCAUUGCUGCUAAAUGUGGCAUCAUCCACCCCGGGGAUGACUUUAUCUGCCUAGAGGGAAAAGACUUCAAUCGACGAAUCAGGAAUGAGAAAGGAGAGAUUGAACAGGAACGCAUUGACAAAAUCUGGCCCAAACUCCGUGUGUUGGCUCGAUCAUCACCAACUGACAAACACACACUGGUCAAAGGCAUCAUCGACAGUAGCAUUGUAGAACAGAGGCAGGUCGUCGCAGUAACAGGAGAUGGAACCAAUGAUGGACCUGCGCUGAAGAAGGCUGAUGUGGGAUUUGCCAUGGGCAUUGCGGGGACAGACGUGGCUAAAGAGGCAUCUGACAUCAUCCUGACUGAUGACAACUUCAGCAGCAUUGUCAAGGCAGUGAUGUGGGGACGAAAUGUCUACGAUAGCAUCUCCAAGUUUCUGCAGUUCCAGCUCACGGUCAAUGUAGUGGCUGUCAUUGUGGCCUUCACCGGGGCUUGCAUCACUCAGGACUCUCCGCUGAAGGCAGUGCAGAUGUUGUGGGUGAAUCUGAUAAUGGACACGUUUGCCUCUCUGGCCCUGGCCACCGAGCCCCCCACUGAGGCCCUGUUGCUACGGAAACCCUAUGGCCGGAACAACCCGCUCAUCUCACUGACCAUGAUGAAGAACAUACUUGGCCAUGGAGUGUACCAGCUGGUCAUCAUCUUCACCCUGCUGUUCAUAGGCGAGCGUAUGUUUAACAUUGACAGUGGCCGUAAUGCUCCACUCCAUUCUCCCCCAUCCGAACACUACACCAUCAUCUUCAACACUUUCGUCCUCAUGCAACUCUUCAACGAGAUCAACGCUCGCAAGAUCCAUGGAGAGAGAAAUGUCUUUGAUGGCAUAUUUUCCAACCCAAUAUUCUGCUCCAUUGUUCUGGGGACCUUUGCUGUUCAGAUCGUGAUCGUGCAGUGGGGAGGGAAGCCCUUCAGCUGUGCCCCUCUCAAUGUGGAGCAGUGGCUCUGGUGUCUGUUCGUAGGAGUUGGAGAGCUGCUCUGGGGGCAGGUAAUUGCCACUGUGCCGACAGAGCGGUUGCCAUGCCUGAAGGAGGCUGGGCUGGGCCUGGAGCCUGGAGAGGAGGAAGGAGAGGAACUGGCAGAGGAUGAGGAGGAGAUUGACUGUGCUGAGAGAGAGCUGCGCCGUGGACAGAUCCUCUGGUUCAGAGGACUCAACCGCAUCCAGACCCAGAUGCGAGUGGUGAAAGCAUUCCGUAGUUCACUGUACGAGGGCCGGGAGAAACCAGAGUCCCGCAACUCCAUCCACAAUUUCAUGGCCCACCCGGAGUUCCUCAUCAAUGAUCUCAUCCACAACAUCCCGCUGAUCGACGACACCGACGUGGACGACGAAUCAGAGCUCAGCAGAUACCAGCACCUGCACCCGGCCCUCCGCAAGCCGCCACCCCCUCCUACCCAGCCACAGCCCCCGGCCCGCAUCCGCCCCACCCGUCCUUACCGCCAGUACAGCCUCCCGGUGACACCUUGUAACAGAAACAAUAAUAACAACAGCAGCAGCAGCAGCAGCAUCAGUUCAACAGUCACCCAUGACAAGAGAAACGACGUAGUAGCCCCUAGCAACCGGAGCCCCCAUCACCAUCAGCGCCAUCAACACCACCCUAACCAUCAUGGCAGGGACAGGCCGGUGAAACCCUCCGCCCCUCACCUGGCCCAUCUCUACUGUGUGGAGACCUCCUUAUAACUGAGCUGAAAGUGGGUCAGGGAGGAAAAGGGAACGGAGUCUUAGGGGAGGGGAGGAAAGGGGAGCGGAAAGGAGAGGGCUGAGGACAAACAUAAGACAUUUUCAUCAUCUCAGAUCUCACUUAUAACACUCUUCACAAGUGGGAGCAAUGGACGAGGGAGGUACAGGAGGGAGUGGACAAUGGCCGGAGGCUUCUGCUUGCAACUCCCUGAGAACAGUGUGAAUUUCCCUCCCUUUGCCCUUGCUCCAGUCCUCUUGGUCUGACCCACCUCACCCCUCGCCUCCUGACACUACCCCCUCUCCCCCUCCCACAACCUUAAACCCACUCCGAAGAAUCCUCCCCACCCCGCCUUGACCUCAUGCACACUCGUCACAUACACAUGCACAGGUCUGCUCGUGCUGCAUUGUCUUGAGUAACAGUGGGUCGGGGAGGUCUUGGGAAAAAGGACACGGUACCGGAUAGGAAUCACAACAAAAAAACAGUACACUUCUCAACUCUUCAGCAGAACAGGGCCGUCUGGCUAUGGGGGCUGACUCACUCUGUUUCUAUCGGUGUUCAUUUUUAGUGUUGUCACCCCACCCACUUAUCUACCUGCCAUGACACCAUAGUCACUGUCAUCAUCAAUUACCCAGCUAUAAUCUACAGCCACUUUAAAAUCACUACUUUGCUUGCGAUAUAAGUAACGCUUUGUUAAAGCUUUAACUAGACUUCAGUCUUUUCCAUUCACUUAUUAAUUUACUUCUCAACAUAAUGGUGCUCAUUCAUUUGUUUCUUUGUCAUUACUUCUUUUUCUCUCUCUGCUUGUGGUUUUUACAUUGAGCUUUUUUAAAAAUGUCUUUUACUUUGAUUCUCUCUCUCUUUCAGUGUGUAUAUGUGUACUGUCUUGUCUCUUCAGAAAAAAAAACUAACAAAAACAUAACAAAAAACAGAAAUUGCAAACAAAGAUACUGUUCAUUUAAACCUAAUAGUAAAUAGAAUGGCUGCAAAAAACUAUAAGGAGGGGAAAAUACAUAUAUACGUAUAUAUAAAUAUAUGUAUAUAUAUAAUUUGAAUGUUCAGGAAGCAACAACACAGAAGUAUUCAUCUUCAUCACUGCUCUUUGUUCAGAUCCUUGAAUGCUGCCCCAUAAGUCCACCUGUUACCUGUAACACUGUCCACCCUGUUAUAAGAUGAUACAGUGUGUGGGAUUUGACAUUAUUUUGAUAUUUUGAUGUAUACGUACAUUAGCCUCAUGCAGUAGAACCUUCAUUUACAGCCUCCUGCCAUGUUGAUGAACUGACGAGUAUGUAUGGGUAAAGUUACCGGGCUGCACCUUGGGCCGAGCCCCACGGAUGACGUCCACUUCCAGUGUCUUCAUUUCUGUAACACCUUCCACCAUCUUCUCUCUUGCUGUUCCUCAGUCCAUUUUGUUGUUUCCCUGAUGUUCACUUUGCUUGUCUUUGUCUCUUAAAGUCUUUUGUCAGUGGGUGUGUCAGCUUUUUUUUAUUUUUGAAAAAAAGCUGAAUGCUUGUGAAGCAUUAACCCUUUAAAUGCCAUCAAUCACGCAAUGCACAGGCGAUGGCCCUUUAAAACUUACAUGCACUCACUCAAAACAUCAACCCACUCCCGUUCACUCACGUGUCUGUCACGUGCCCUUUCCAUUAGAAUUGUGGACAAAGAGAUUGUUUCGUAUGAUUUGUUCAGUCUGGUCGUUUUUACAGCAAAGAUCUAGUUCUUUAAAAGCAACCAACAACCUGAGCACCACUUGAGCAGUCAGGUCCAUGUGUAAUAUCGGUGUUCAGUUUCAGUCUGCUCAGAUCUAUCAGGUAUGACCAGUGAGAGCUUACAUGUCAUGUCCUUGUCAAAUACUGUGGACUUCUGUCAUCACAAUGUACAUGACUGGAAUCCAUUAAUAUGAAUCUUGUUGGAGCAAACAUAAAAGGGCAUAAUGCACUGCAUGGGCACACCCCAAAAAGAAAAACAAAACCAACCAAAAAAAAAAAAAAAAAAAAAAUCACUGAAACCAUUUAAAUACAGCCACCUCUGUGACAGCAGGUGCAGCGCUCCCAACAUCACAUUCCACUGUUGCCAUGCCGAAUCCCACCUCAACAUUCCAUGGAACAUAACAUUCCAAGCAUCACAUUCCAGGUGUGAGAGUGCCCUCCUGUAUCCCAUGUUGCACUAGGUGUGGGUGAACCGCUGACUUCAUGUUGCCUCGGAGCACGACUGCAAUGCAAUUCAAACCUGGAACACCCCCCUCCCCCCUCCCUUUGCUUCCUGUUUUUUCCCCUGCUCUUUCUUCCCAUCCCCCCUCCCUCCCCUUCAGUUGUCACCCUUUGACUUCCCUGUUGAGUUUAAUCAGCUGGUCCCGACACCAGAGAAAGGCACGGGCAGACAUUAUGCAACAGACUGCCAUGUGGGCCCCUGUACCUGGGCACAGGAGUAGAUCUAAAAGUCUAACAGGGAUGUUAGCACAUGCAAACACAGAGAGAGAACAUGUCUGUCCUGCUGGUUCUGUUUCAGGAUGUGCGCAGGGCUCUCUGGGAACACCCUUACCUGUACAGAACUCUGUCUUCUUGAAUGCUCAUCAUCAUCGCCACUGCUCUGACCUGAUCUCAAAUCAGGCGGGCGGUGACAUUGUAUUGGUCUGUCUGUUUUGAAGCAUGCAUUUGGUAUCAUUAAUGUCACUCUUUAUGUGUUGGUAAAUCAUUUAGGCUACUGUCACUGCUGUGUGCUAUGAUCAGUCUCUUCAUAUUUGCCCUCGUCCUCUCUCUCUCUCUCUUUCUCUCUCUCUCUCUUUCACAUACAAACACUCAUGUCCUGUUGAAGUCUAACCUAUUCUAUUUCAGCACCUGUUACCACAGCUCUUUCAAUGCUUUCUUCGGUCAACAAAACUCUUGUGCACAUACUGACACAGACACACAUGCAUACCUAACACCAAACAGGCAGAUUAAUCUACAGUGGUGUAAAUUUGACUGUCCAGUUUCAGCCAUCUCUGUCCAUCUGUCCAGCCACGUUACAUCAUGAUGUUGUGAGACAAUUUCACAGAAGGCAAACACAAUGUGAAAAAGAAUAUAUUAUAUUUAUCAAAAUUAUAAAUUGUACAACUGCACCACUACUGUACAGAUCGCCCAAAUGUGCACAUGUGCAUCUUUGAUUUACAGGUACUAUGUUCCUGUUACACUUUUUUUGAUGUUUCUUUCUUUUAAAUCCUACUGCUUUUUGUAAAGAGAGGAACAACAAAAUGGAAGCGCUUGUAUAUUAUAAUUAUGAUUAUUAUUGAUUUUCUCCACCGGUGCGCCCACUGAUGGAAAAAGACAGUUGCACAUUCUCCUGAGCAUAUUCUGAGGGCUGUGUUUUCUGUCCAUUGAACAGCCCCUGAAGUGUGCAAAGGUGAGGAGAUGUUUAGUCUCUUAAGACCAGAGACACCACUCUGUAAAUAUAGAACAGGAGAUACAAAUGUACCUCAUUAUGAUCUAAAGGACUGGACAAAGUGGGGACCCAGGGAGGAUGGAGAACUGGAGGGCGAUGCAGAGCUAGAGACUGCAGAAGUGCAAUGCAUCCACUUGUAUGCAUUGUUUAGGCUGCUCUUUUAGAUCUGUUACCAGUAUUUACUGCCAUGUCACGACGGAAAGAAAUGAAAGUUUUACAUUAUUCAUUAUACAUACUGUUGUAAAUAUUGUGUGUGGAAUGGUCCCCCUUCUUGCACAAUGCAGUGCUGUUCUACAGACAGAAAAUACAGCCUUAACUGUGCUGAAAUAAAAAAGACCAAAAAAGAAACAAAAAAAACAACAAAAAAACAUAAAGACUAUUGAAUAUAUUAAAGAGUUACCUGCCUGUUAUUUAAGCGAAUAAAUAUCUAUAUAUGAGAAAGAACACACCUGUAUACUGUAGACUAAAUCUGUAUGGAAAUCUAAGAGAAUUUAAUGGGAAUUAAGUCCAACACCUUUUGUCUGUAUGAAAGAAAAAAAAUACAUCAAAGUAUUCUACAAUAAUAACUUUGACAAAGUC